AUGGCUACCGAUGGCAGCGAGCUCAAGGAGGAGCAGGUUCCCCCUCAGGUGGAGGGCGGCGACGAUGAGGAGGAGAUUGCCGCGAUGAAGCGCCGAGUCGCAGAGAUGGAAUCCGAGGCCGCCAAGUUGCGCGAGAUGCAAGACUCAAUUGACCAGCAGUCCGAGGGUCUCCAGGAGAACAAAGAGGAUAUCGAUGCUCGGAGUAUAUUUGUCGGCAACGUCGACUACGGUGCCUCGCCGGAAGAAAUCCAGGCGCACUUCCAGAGCUGUGGCUCUAUCAACCGAGUGACUAUCCUGUUGGACAAAUUCACUGGCCAGCCGAAGGGUUAUGCCUACGUCGAAUUUGCCGAGCCUAGCCUGGUGGCCCAGGCUCUGGUUCUGAACGAGAGUGUUUUCCGUGGCCGCAACCUGAAGGUCACUCCCAAGCGCACCAACCUCCCGGGAAUGACCCGCGGUCGUGGACGGGGUGGAUUCCGUGGUGGCCGUGGCCGUGGUGGUGGUGGCUUCCGUGGCAGCUACCGAGGUGGAUAUCGAGGCCGUGGUCGUGGCUAUGCCCCGUACUAA